AUGACCACAGCGGGGAAACGGAUACUCGCGACACGUGCGGAUUCUGAAGGGAUGAAAAUAAUGCUCGAAGAGCUAGCCGCAUGUGUCAAAACAUUGCUGCAGGCCAAUUCAUGGAUUGUUGCCGAAGAUCUAGGUAUUCUGGUGCUGGACUCAUGCGAGAGACUUAAGGGAGAGCAAGACUUAAUGACUAUGACAGCGAUGCAUAAUCUUGCUUCGGCGUAUUGGGGCCGAGGCCAGCUGGAUCAGGCUGCUGCUCUCGCUGCCCGGGUGACCAAGUUGAGACAGAAGAUUCUUGGCGAGGAGCAUCCCCAGACGUUGACUUCCAUGACGAAUCUAGCUUCCACCUAUCGGAGCCAAGGCCUCUGGGCCGAUGCUCAAGAACUUGAUUUGAGAGUUUUUGAGAUGAAGAAGAAGACUAUCGGUCUCAAACAUUCAUCCACUUUAGGCUCAAUGUCUAACCUGGCAAUAUCGUAUGCCUAUCUCGGUCGGUAUGAAGAGGCCGAGACAAUUGCACGCCAAUUGGUCGAUCUCGGAGAAAGUGAAUUAUCUCCAACCGAUGCCUCGUUGUUAAAAUGGAAACUUACCCUGGCAUCGACCUACCGAGACCAGGGGAGGUUAGACUCCGCUGAAAAGCUUGAAUUGGAGGUUGUCGCUGUUAGUCGGGACAUAUUUGGGACGAAUGAUCACUUUACCUUGACCUCUAUGGCCAACCUUGCAUCCACAUACCGCGAACAAGGCCGAUGGUCGGAUGCUGAGCGUCUGGAAAAAGAAGUCGUGACUAGCAGCGAGACCGUGCUCGGCGAAACGCACCCGCAGACCCUGAUGUCCAUUAGCAACCUUGCCUCAACAUAUCGCAAUCAAGGUCGACUUGAAGAAGCCAAAGACCUCGGGGAGAAAGCAAUAACUGUAAUGAAAGAGGUCCUCGGGGAACGUCAUCCACACACACUGGUUGCUAUGGCGGAUCUUGCAGUGACAUUCCAAAUGAUGAGGCAAUCACCAGAUGCCGAGAUCCUGGCCGCCCGGUCAUUGCGUUUGAUGAAAGAGACGAUAGGCAAAGACCACCCGUACACACUCAGCGCGAUGGCCAAUCUGGGCUUCAUAUACCAGUCGCAAAGCAAGUGGGACGUCGCCAGUGGAAUGGCCGAAACUGUAUAUUCUCGCAGGGAAAGAGCAUUGGGAACGGACCACCCAGAUACCGUGGCAGCGCUAGAGGAUUUGAGGAGAGUAGCGUGGGUAGAGGCGGCGGAUCAGAAUUCACAGCGUACGUUGAAUUAG